AUGAGCGACAUCAAGGCUGAUGACAUUCAGCUUGAGCAUGCCCCAGGCACGACUCGCCCCUCGGGAGCAGCGGAUUAUGACGCUGGUGACUCUUCGAGCUUCCAUGAAACCUAUAGGCUGUCUGUCCGGACCUACAUGGUCUUGACUACCAUGGCCUUUGCUUGGGGCACUUGCACCAUGGCAAACAUCGGUCCUUCGACAACAUAUAGCUACGCUGUCAAGGCCCUGGGUGGCGAGUCCAUUUCGACCUGGAUUCCCAACGCGAGCCUCUUUCCUAUCAUUGGACUCCAGCCGAUCUGGGCCGUCCAGGGAUCUCUCGCGGAUCGCUUUGGUAAGAAGUGGUUCAUAUUAUCGGGUGGUGUCGCCGGCGUCAUUGGUAAUGCCGUCGCUGGCUCGGCCAAGUCCACAGAGGUCAUUAUCGCGGGACAGGCACUCAACGGCCUUGGCUCUUCUCUUUAUUUACUUGUCAUCCCUUCUGGUAUGGAAAUCGUCCCAGCAUCGCACCGCAGCUUUGCACAGGGCUUCAUGGGUUCUGUAAAUGGUAUCGUCUCGAUCAUGAUACUUUUGGUUUCUGGCACGUUUGCCAGAGCGUCCUCCUCUGGCUGGCGCUGGGUCUACUAUUUCAACGGAAUCUUUUUCGGCGUCGUGGGUGUCUUUCUCUUCGUCUUCUACGAUCCCCCACCCACCAAACUGCGACGCGAGAACACCACCGGUCAGGCUCUCAAGUCUAUUGACUUUGCCGGUGUGGCAUUGUUCCUUUGUGGCAUCAUUCCACUUGUGGUAGCUCUAGUCUGGGGCGGUCACACAUACCCUUGGGACAGUCCCCGAGUUGUCGCCCUGUUGGUUCUGGGAUGUCUAUUCCUCGUCGGGUUUGGCGUCUAUGAGAAAUAUGGCCGCUCUGACGGGCUCCUCGAUCACCGUUUCUUCCUAGAACGAAACUACCCACUGGUACUAUCUGUCGCCUUUGUGGAUGGUAUGCUCCUUUACGGCGUCAAUGCCUUCCUCCCUCAGCAGGUUGGCGGGCUGUUUACACAUGACCCCAUCAUGGUCAGCGUGUAUCUGCUGCCCUUGAACCUAUGCGUGAUCGGUGGCAUAAUGUCUUCGACUUACGUCCUCGGGGUUUUGAAACAUUACCGCAUUCUUCUGAUCUCUUCUCUCGUGCUCAUAGCACUCUUCUGUGGACUCUUAGCUCUCGUUAAUGCCGACCGAGCUGUGAUGCUCCUAGUCUUUACAGGCUUCAUUGGACUAGGAGUUGGAGUUACCACGGCUCUUCCCAAUGUUGUUCUGACAUAUGCGGUACCGCCACAUUUGAUAGGUCUCGGUGGGACCAUUGGCAUCACCAUCUUUGCUACAAUCAAUGGGAAUUAUAUGUCGAGCCAUCGCAUCCCCGACGUCACACAGGCUGUGGUCAAUGCUGGGCUUCCGGUAUCAUCUGUAGAAGAGUUUGUGGCUGUUUUCUUGAAUGGCAACAGUUCCGCCCUGACUACUAUUGCUGGUGUCACACCUUCAGUCAUUAAGGCAGCUGAGCAUGGCCUCGAGAAAGUCACUGCAGAGUCUUUCAAGUUUGUGUGGAUUGCGAACGCUGUUAUUGCAGUUGUCACAGUUAUGCUCACAUGCUUCCUUCAAUCUGUCACGCACCAUAUGACAGGUCAUGUUGUCGCACCUCUUGAGCAAGUCGACCCCGAGUGCAAAUUCUUCAAGGCUGGCGGUGACAUCUCACAUGUAUACAUCCUGGCAAAGACUGAACAAUAUGUUGAUGCUAUUGCCAGAAUCUGCGCACCAUUCCGCAAGGCUUGCACCAUUGUCCAGGCUGACAUCAGUCUCUACGGAACCGAGUUCAUGUCCAAGUCAAUGACUUUCUCUUGGGACUGGCUCGGCUCUGCGGCGUAUCAUCGCACUAAUCUUGAAGGCUAUCACAAAGUGUUUACAACCUUGUCGCGUCUGAUGGAUGAGCGAAAGCUCGUCCUAACUCCUGGCAAGCGGCACAAGUUGACUCUUGCAGGGCUAAAGGAAGCUCAUCGCCAAAUCGAGUCCAAGACCACUGUAGGCAAGGAAAUGCCCCACCGAUUUUACGACAGCGGCUCCAGCCUCAAGUUUUACUCAGAGGACGUGGUCUUUCACAAUCAGAAUAACACGGUCUAUCACGGAGGCGACGAGAUGUGGGCCUGGAUGAAGAAACUUUUUGGUGUGUUCGAAUGUAUCCAUCACGACUGGGUCCAGUUCCUGGAGAUUGAACGCGACGAUGGCAUAAGCCAGAUAUGCACACAGAAUAUUCGAAACCUGUGGCUUCGCGGAAAUAAGGAGAGGAAGCCAACGGUCAGCGUUCCUGUCACCAUGAUUGCUAUCAUCGGGAAGAGUAACGACGAGAAGACUCUAGAGGGAUUGCAUUUCAAGGAGGUCUGGCUGUAUUGGAACACUGCUCUGCUUUUACCCUUUCUCCCAAAAGAAGCUGUGGUCUUUAAGAUGGAGAAUAUCUUGCAUGCAAAUGAGGAGUAG